GCGCCGAGGGGGACUGAAGCGGCUGCCGCUGCUGCUGCUGCUGCAGAGAGCUAGCUGAGCCCGGGACGGACAGACAGGCGGCGGGACCGGCGCACGGACAAACGGGCGGGCGGACGCACGCACCAUCUUUCGAAUCACAGAGAUCGCUUUGAAGCCGCCAAACCUCGAGCUGCGGAGUGCUUUUAUUUGCAUCGAGUGGCAGUCCGUGCGUUCCCAGCGCUCCCACCAGCACCAUGGGGAAGCAGAACAGCAAGCUGGCCCCGGAGGUGAUGGAGGACCUGGUCAAGAGCACGGAGUUCAACGAACAUGAGCUCAAGCAGUGGUACAAGGGCUUCCUCAAGGACUGUCCCAGUGGCCGCCUCAACCUUGAAGAGUUCCAGCAGCUCUAUGUGAAGUUUUUCCCCUAUGGAGAUGCUUCCAAGUUCGCCCAGCAUGCCUUCCGAACCUUCGACAAGAAUGGGGACGGCACCAUCGACUUCCGAGAGUUCAUCUGUGCCCUCUCCAUCACCUCCAGAGGCAGCUUCGAGCAGAAGCUGAACUGGGCUUUCAACAUGUAUGACCUGGAUGGUGACGGCAAGAUCACCAGGGUGGAGAUGCUAGAGAUCAUUGAGGCGAUCUACAAGAUGGUGGGCACCGUCAUCAUGAUGAAGAUGAAUGAGGACGGGCUGACGCCGGAGCAGCGAGUGGACAAGAUCUUCAGCAAGAUGGACAAGAACAAGGAUGACCAGAUCACGCUGGAUGAGUUCAAAGAAGCGGCCAAGAGCGACCCUUCCAUCGUGUUACUGCUGCAGUGUGACAUUCAGAAAUGAGGCCAGGCGGACCAGGACGUGCCCAUUUCAGUCUGCAGUCACACACACACACACACACACACACACACACACACACACACACACACAACAUUGCUUGGGUUACCUGUAUCAAUGGAUUUGCUUUCUGUGUUUGAAACACUUGUGUGCAUGAGAAUUUUACUUGCUAAAGAAUUUUAAAAGUCUCUAUAUUAUAAAAAGAAAAAAAAAAGAGGACCCAAACAGCAACCAUGUGAUGUGUACAAUGUCAUUCCAUGCCCCUGCCCUCCCUGCCUCCUCCGCAGGGCAGCCCCCCAUUCAUGUUCUCCCCCGCCCAUCAUGCUCAUCCCUCUGUGUCAGUGAUGAAUCCCCCCGAUUCUGUAACUAAUUGUUUGAUCUAAGCUGUGUUGCCAUCCCUGCUGCCGGACAGACAGACAGACAGCCGUCGGUCCAUCCCCAGCUUCCUCCACUCUCUUGCUCACUGGGGGGAGCCUGGCCCCCUCUCAGAGCUUGUGCUAUCAGUGAAUGUCGAUAUGUCUCAUCUGCAUGUAUGCCUCUUAGUCAGGUCUGCCUUCGAUCUGGUCUCAUCUGCAUCUUUUCCAUCCGAAAGACCUAUGUACGAGGAAUGCAGUAUCACAUGUAACAAACCCCCUGCUCAAAUGCUCUCUUAAUUAAGACAUCUAUCUUGUCUAUCUAUCUAUCUAUACACAAUCACACAAAAGUCUAAUUAUUUAUUGGAAGUUUAAAAAAGGUUAUUGGAAGUGUAUGGAUUUCUGUUUGGUUUUCAGAAGCUUCCAAAGAGGUUGCAAUAUAUGUCCCAAAUAAAUUUAUAAUAUUUGA